GAGUUAACGGAAAAACUCUGUUCAAGUUCACAGCCGCGGCUUGUUAUUCAGUUCUAUGUCAGUGUGCUUUACUGUGUGGAUUAUCAUUAAAGCAGGUGUUCAGUCCUAAACACAGAAUGGCACAGUGGGAGCGUCUGAAGCAGCUCGACUCGGUGUGUUUGCAAAAGUUAGAUGAUCUGUACCACAGUGAUGCUCUGCCUAUGGCUGUGAGAGAAUAUCUCGCUCAUUGGCUAGAAGAGCAGGACUGGGAUGGGGCUUCACGGGACUCCUCCCGGGCCGUGGUCCUGUUCCAGAUCCUGUUGGAGAACCUGGAAAAUCAGUACAGCCGCUUUGUGCAGGAAAGUAACUUCCUCAUGCAUCGUCAUUUCCGUCACUUCAAACAGCAGUUUCAGAGGUACCAGGAAGAUCCGUGCAGAUUGGCUGAAAACAUUAACUGGUUCCUGAUGAAAGAGCGAGAGAUUCUGGAGGCUGCAGAGCUGGCACACCAAGUGCAGAUGCUGCAGGUUCAGCAGAACCCCAUGGAGUCGGAAACUCAGAAAAACCUCGAGAAGAGCAUCCGAGAUUUUAAGAACAAAGUUCAGGCCAUGGAGCACUCGCUGAGGUGUUUGGAGGAGCAGCAGGACGAGUUUGACUUCAAAUAUCAGACACACAAGAUGGAUGGAACGACAGAUGAAGUGGAGAAAAAUGAGCAGAUAAAGGUGCUUUCUGUGAUGCUCAACCGAAUCCACAGUGCUAGGAAGUCAUUCCUCUCGGAGAUGACAUCUCUGCUGGAAGGAGCUCAUCACCUCCAGGAAAUCCUCUCUGAGGAGCUGGAGGACUGGAAACACAAGCAGCAGGUCUCCUGCAUCGGGGCUCCAGAAGACACCAGUCUGGAACCUCUGGAGAAGUGGUUCACUGCGGUGGGGGACGGAAUGUUCCAACUGCGUAAGUUCCUACAGAAACUGGAGGAGCUUCAGGGCAAGUUGAGUUAUGAUCAAGAUCCCAUCAAGACCCAAAAACCUGGUCUACAGGAACAAGUGGACACGUUGCUCACCGAUCUGCUGCAGAGCGCUUUCGUGGUGGAGUCGCAGCCCUCCAUGCCUCUGGCCCAUGCCUCAGGUCGAGGUCCUCUGGUCCUGAAAACAGGCGUUCAGUUCUCAGUUAAAACCAGGUUUCUGUUUAAGGCUCCUGAACUGAACCACGCCAUGAAAGUGGUCGUGUCCAUUAACAUGGACACCCCAAAUGUUAAAGGAUAUCGCAGGUUUAACGUCCUGGGGACGUCGAGUAAAGCUUUAAACAUGUCCGAGAGCAUGAACGGUGGGAUGGUGGCAGAUUUCAGACAUUUGUCGUUGAAAGAGCGGAAGGUCGGAUCAGGAGGGAAGAGUAACAGUGACCUGUCUCUCAGCGUGACCGAGGAGCUCCACACCAUACACUUUGAGACACACUUUAACCUGCACGGCCUGUCUGUCCCUCUGAAGACCUCCUCACUGCCUGUGGUGGUGAUCUCCAACUCCAGCCAGCAGCAGAGUGCCUGGGCUUCAGUACUGUGGUUCAACAUGCUGUCUACUGACCCCAAGAACCUGAUGUUCUUUGCGAGUUCUCCCGUAGCGUCCUGGUCUCAGCUGGGGCAGAUGUUGAGCUGGCAGUUCCAGUCGUGUGCUAAACGAGGCCUGAACGAAGACCAACUUCAGACUCUCGCACAGAAACUUUUUGGGAAACAAGACAAUUAUGAGAACUGUAAAAUAUCCUGGACUCGAUUCAGCAAGGAGAACAUUCCUGGGCAGAACUUCACGCUGUGGGUUUGGCUGGAUGGAAUUCUGAACCUGGUGAAGGUUUACCUGGCCAAUUUGUGGGAGGACGGGUCCAUCAUGGGUUUUGUGAGUAAAGGCACAGAAAAGGUUCUGCUGAAGAAGAAACAGGCUGGAACUUUCCUCCUACGCUUUAGUGAAAGCAUCAGAGACGGAGGAAUUACGUUCAGCUGGGUGGAUUACUCUAACACAGGUAAACCCAAUGUGAGGACUGUGCAGCCCUUCACCAUUACGGAUCUCAAGCAGAUUCCUUUGCCUGAGAUCCUCCGCAACUUUCAGCUCAUGGAGGCGGAGAAUGCCCCCGUGUACCCGCUGCAGUACCUCUACCCCAACACCCCUAAAGACCAGGCGUUCGGCAAGUACUACAACGAGAAGUGCGGAGAAGAAAGCCCUUACAUUAAAUACAUUAGAACCAAGCUGGUCUUCGUUUCUAAAGAGAAUGGGUGUACGAGUGUGUCUGAAGGCCCAGCACCUCAGCUGUGUGCUCAGCCCAACGACUCUGCUUCUCCUCCUGAGAUGAGUGGAGACCUGGACGGAGACGUGAUCGGAGACCUGGGCGGAGACGUGAUCGGAGACCUGGGCGGAGACGUGGACGGAGACGUGGGCGGAGACGAGAUCGGAGACCUCAUGCUGCAAGGUCCAGAGCAAUCCCCAAUGCUCUCUUGCUAUGAUGACAGCUUCACUUCACCCAGCAGUGACCAGGAAACAUCCCUCUGCACUGUUUCAGGUGAAAUCCUGCAAACUCUGCAGUUCAUCACAGAUCCUUUGGCAGAUAUUCAUAUGAAGAGCUUCCAAACCCCUGGACUUUUCAUGGACAUGUUCACUGAGGACAUUUUUCCUAACAAUCCAAACGUCCUGGAGGGUUUGCACAUUCAGGGGGAGUAGGACAAACCUUCAGCCUUCAUUAUUUCAUUGGCUUCAAUUCUCUCUGAAAAAUAAUCCUGUGCACUUUUUAGUACUUUUUACCUUCUAACGCUGUCCUGUGGUACGUCGUGUACGAGCUGCUGGGGCCAAACCACUGGGGUUAAAAAACUCAGAUAUACGUAAGAGUGUGUUUCAGUGAUUUUCCACUAGAUGGUGCAGCUCAGAUCAGUAAAUAAACCGCAUUGAUAUCUGGAAGAAAAAUCUUCUGUGCUUGUGUAACCUAUAGGGAUGUGGGCGGGGCUAAAAGUCAUUGUGUUCGUUUAGUCCGGUUUUUGAUUAAAGUAGAUUAAAAUGGAGUAAAACUGAGAGGUGAAGCUACAGAGGAGAAGAUGGACGACGUGCUCUGAGGUCACGAAGUUCUGGAUCACCUCAAACUAAUCCAGACCUCCACCUACAGUCUACAGGCUCAUCUGGUGUGGUUUUAGACAAACGUUCGUUCGUUUGUAUCAUUAACUAGGGUUGCCACGGUUACCACUGAAAAUAUCUGAAGCUAGCUUUGGGUUUAUCUUUUCUUUCUAAAAACCCUACUCCUGGUGUGUGGACAUCAUCCACUCAAGAAGAGAUCAUUAAACCAUCACGGUCUGACCAUCUCGACGUUAACUCUCCUCCUGCUGAACAUGUUCC